ACCUGUGGUCAUUAAGAUGGUGUCCUCAUCCUCACACCGGUGGGACAGAAGUUGAAAUAUGAGAAGUUUGUGAAGGACAAAAUGUUACCUCUUCACCAAUGAUCCAUUUUGAAAUGUCUUCCAAAACGGCAACUCACGAGGUCUGCCGAGGCAGCAGAGGGCCUCUUUGUAGGACACAAAGGCAGCAUGAUGGAUGUUUAUCCAAGCGAUGGAGCCAAAGCCCACCCAGAGGAGGGGGCUUCUCGGGGGCAAUAGUGGGUCAUAUAAAACUCCCACACAGUGGGAGAGAUUUUAGUUGGCAGCUCGGUGAAGAACUGAGACACAGCAAUUACAACAACAAAAAAGCUACACUAGCGAGCAGCGAUGGCAUCAUUAGGGCUGCAAAUUCUGGGCAUCGGGCUGGCGGUACUGGGGUGGAUAGGAAACAUCCUGAUCUGUAUGCUGCCCCUGUGGAAGGUGUCUGCCUUCAUCGGGAACAACAUCGUGGUGGCUCAGACCAUUUGGGAGGGACUGUGGAUGACCUGCGUGGUGCAGAGCACGGGCCAGAUGCAGUGCAAGGUCUACGACUCCCUGCUGGCCCUGCCGCCGGACCUCCAGGCGGCCCGGGCCAUGGUGGUCAUCGCCAUCCUCUUCUCUCUGUUCGGCCUGCUGCUCUCCGUGGUUGGAGGGAAGUGCACCACCUGCGUCGGGGACAAAGCGGCAAAGGCCAGAGUGGCCAUCUCCGCAGGCGUUUUCUUCCUGCUGAGCGGGGCUCUGUGUCUGGUGACCGUGUCCCUGCCUGCAAAUACGAUCAUCAAGGACUUCUACAACCCCUUGGUGCCCGACGCCCAGAGGAGGGAGCUGGGUGCAUGUUUGUACGUGGGCUGGGGAGCGUCCGGACUGUUGCUGAUUGGCGGUGCUCUGCUCUGCUGUCAGUGCCCGUCAGGAAGAGACCGCUACAGCGGAGCGAAGUACUCCCCGCCUAAAUCCACAACCCCUGGGAAGGAAUUUGUCUGAGCCGGCGGCUCCUUGUGCAAAGUGCCAGACUCUACACUCAGUACGAACCUGUCGCUUCUCAAAGUUUGAUUUGCUUCAUGAUUAACUUCUAUUAAACUAACACUCUGUUGCCUUUUGUUUCUGAGCCAUACAGGAGACCCUGAGUUAUGUGCCAUGUUAGAUUAAUGCAUCGAUGAGUUCGGACUGGAGUUUGAUUCAUUCAUUUUCACUCAGUCACUGUUUUGUCGUAUAAUGUGAGUAUUAAUUCAGACUCUCCUGAUGUUUUUUAUUAGUUUUUUGUUUUUGCAACAUAAGCACUUAGAAAGAAUACUGUAGUAGUAUUCGCCAUGUAAAGUGUAUUUUUCAUUUUUUUUUUUAUUCAUGUAAUAAACAAUAUUUUUGUCAGCAAUGUUUUUUUGAUUUGCCUGAUUUGGUGGAAUAAGAUAAAGUCAAUUUAGUGCUGUGCUUUGGUAAAAAUGUGAGAUCUUGUAGCAGAUGUGUUAUCUAAGCUUUUAUAUGAUCAGUUUACAAAAUGAUUAGAUGCAUUUUUACAAAUUAAACUAAAUAAGAAUAUGGUUCAAGGGCACAGAUGAAUCCCAUCAAGGCAAAUCUGUGGUUUUUGAUAAAGAUAAAUAAUUGAUAAAUAAAUUAUGAACAAGAUUGACUUGACUAGUAAUUAAAUUCAGCUCCACUUGGACUAGUUCAAAUAUCAAAAUGUUGCUUGUAUCUGGAAAAACAAUCCUACAUUGUAAUCUAUUGAAUAUUGGCAAUAACCAUUCUUAAUGAGUACUUCUACUAUGAUACUUUAAAUGUUCUUGAAAUAUACACCUACACAUGAGUAAGCAACAUUUGUAAUGCAUUUUUCUUGAUUAAUCCUUUUUACACUGCAGUACUGUUACUUUUACCAUCGUGAAGGCAAAGUGGCCUAAAUGUAAAAUAGACACAAUGGUGGAAAAAUUACAGUGGCGCAUUGUUUUACCUUGUCAGGCUGAUUUCAACUGAAAAUGUCUGUAAACAAAAAGAAACCCAUUAAAGAGGUUUGGUGUAUUUCAUCCUGA